AUGCCAACACUCGCCGUACACACCCAGUGGAUGCUCAGCUUUCUGACUCAGAAGAUCCAACCAGACAUCGAAAGUGACAACUUCGCGAUGAUUCACUACUACCCAUUAGUCAGAGCUGCCAUGCAGGUGAUGGUCGAAGUCCGGCAGAAUCCGGUCAACACAGUCGAAGUUACUCUCUACGACUGCCCGGACGAAUUGGCCGCAGCUGGAGCAUUUGGACAUCGUUUGGUCAUGCCCACGAUAGAGCUGUUCUCCAAAUUUCCAGCACGACGUUGGAGAGUUUGGCUCCAGUAUACUUGGGAACAGCUCAUGACUCAACUGGAGGAGGAUACGGAGGAUUGCGGAUGUCAGUCGACCAACUUCGAGGAGAUUCCUCAAGAGCUAUAG